AUGGGUCGCAUGCACAGCAAGGGCAAGGGUAUUUCCUCCUCGGCGCUUCCCUACCGCCGCUCGCCGCCUUCAUGGCUCAAGGCGACUCCGGAGGACGUCUGCAACCAGAUCUUCAAGCUCGCCCGCAAGGGUCUCACCCCAUCGCAGAUCGGUGUUCAGCUCCGCGACAGCCAGGGUAUUGCCCAGGUCAGGUUCGUCACCGGUAACAAGAUUUUGAGGAUCCUCAAGAGCGAGGGCCUUGCCCCGCAAAUUCCUGAGGACCUUUACCACCUCAUCAAAAAGGCUGUGUCCGUCCGCAAGCACCUCGAGCGCAACCGCAAGGACAUGGACUCCAAGUUCCGCCUGAUUCUGAUCGAGUCGAGGAUCCACAGGCUUGCCCGCUACUACAAGACCAAGGGUGCCGUCCCGCCGACCUUCAAGUACGAGAGCACGACUGCUAGCACUCUUGUUGCUUAA